AUGGCCGGAGACAAAAAAGGGCUACAUAGACAUCAGCCACUAACUGGGAAUUCAAAGAAGAUAAGCGACAGCUACUUGAAUUUCUUUAAUCUUUAUGUAUCACAGGUGGAGGCAGGAAGACGCCGUAUCGAUUUUGGUGAUGAAGCUGCUUUAAACCCCAGUUUGCAUUAUACCACCCAGAAGUUAAGAAAUAUGAUAAUAACUGCGGAUGGUCAAGUGUUUUAUAAAUGCAACAAGCCAAGGAGCCGAAACCAAAAAGAAAAGCCCGAUGAAGCCCACAAUGAUUCCCAAAGUGAUGAACCAUCUGAAUCAGACGAUGACUAUUCAGAUGAAGAAGAAGCCAAUGCAGAUGGUCAUGAAGUUUAUGGUACUUUAUGGACCCAUGAAGAAAAGGAAUGCUUUUUCACAGGUCUUUCUAGGUUUUCGAUUUAUGAUUUGGCAUCUAUAAAGUCUUUAUUACCAAACAAAUCGGAAAUUCAAAUAUUGAAUUAUUACAACAUUCUCAAAAAGCAACUUUUAGUCAUGAAGCACAAUAGGCGAAGUUACAAGAAGAUUUUGUCAUACAAGCAGCUUCCAAUAGCUCAUGAAAUGGAUGAGUUUUUCAUUGAAAUGGAAGAGGCGCAAGCAUACUUUGUGAAUAAAGAAGGAUACGAUAUUGAAACUCCAAGUAAGCGUAAAUUGUUAGAUUACAUAAUUGCAUCGAAAAGUUCGGAUGAUGAGGACCAUAUAUUUAAUAUCCCAAAGUUUCAGGAGCUAUCAAGAGGAAUUUUCUCAAUGAGUAGAUUCGCGCAAGAUUUAAAGAAAGUGAAAUUGGAAGACGAUCUCAUGAGAGACAAACUUACUGAAACCAGGUUUAGUGGGGUGUGGAGAGCCGCUGGCGAUAUGACUUUCUAUGAGUCCUUGGAGAAGAUUGUCGUAGGCUACGUUACCGACAUAGUGAAGAAACUAAUUCGGUCUAAAUUACCUUACCUGUACGAACAAAGUGGUUCUAUUGGCGGUGAAGAUUCUUUCCCAGUGAUUAAUGUUAAACACCAAGAUAUCCAAAGUCUCUUUCAUGAUGGUAAUUUAUUUCCUGAUAAUAAUGGUUUCAUCAACUCCGGAAAUCCUAAAAAUAUAAUGAUAAAUCCAUUGUCUAUACCAAUAGUUCUUGGAGAUUUGCCAAAAAGAUUAGAAUUAACCGAGAAGAAGACGACUACCAGUGGUGUUGUAUCUGAAGUCUUUCAGCAGACUGGUCUCUAUGAAGAUUCGGAAAAUUCAGAGAUGAAACCCCUUUAUCCGAGAAUUACUAGACUAUUCCCUCGGUCUUUCAAAAAAGAAAGGGAAGAUUUUGAAAAGCAAAAUAUCAUUAAAGGAAAUUAUGAACCUAUCUAUUUUGAUUCAUAUAUUGAAUUCUUACCUAAACCUAUAACUUCCGCUCAACUAUUGGCUUAUAUGACACAUCAUUUGAACGAUUUUUUAGAAAAACAUGGGGGCCUGAACUCAAAAUUGAUACAAUCUGAAGUCGAUGAUGCUGGCGAUAUUGAAAAUUUAUUAGAUGUUAAUACCACAGUAGAUGUCAGUAUGUUGGAAACUACUAACCGGUCUACAAUAAAGUCUACCGAACAAGGUGUGGAAGAUAGGAUAACAAAAAGCCGCGGCCAUUUAUUUGGUGAAAAUAGGAACAAGAAAACAACAGGAUUGAUUGAGAGAGAGGAAGACGGGGAUGAGAAGAAUGAAUUUCAUGGUGACAAUGAUGAUUGCCAAGACGAAGAUGAAGAUUAUGGUGACGAAGACGAUGGUGUAGCUGAUGAUGAUGAUGAUGAUGAUGAUGAUUACAAUUAUUAUUCUUAUUACUUUUAUGAUAAUGAUGAUAAUGAGCGCGGCGAUGACGAAGAUGAGGUGGAUCAUGAUGAUAAGGUAGAUCAUGAUGAUGAAAUAUUUAAAAAAUUAAAGGUUUCUGCAGAUCCAAAAUUUGAUCCUGAUUUCAUUAUAGAUAAACCUGGAUCUUUGGAUGAUGAUAGAUUAUUGAAUUUAUUUUACAAAGAAACUGAAAUAAUUGAAGAGGCCGACCAAGAGGUUUCACAACUACAUCAAAGAAUGUUGUUGAAUUAUCUUAGCGGAUACAAUGUUGAUGGCGGAAAUAAUUUACUUCCAAGUAAAGAUCUCAAACGGAAUUUCGACCCCCAGCAGUUAUUCUUCAGAACGUACUCUAUACUCCAGGGAAGACAUCCGAUUUAUGGAAAAAAUCGCAAAUAUAUUAAUGACUUUAUAUCGAAAUAUCAACAGGUACAGGAUUGGAGUCAGCAUUCAUAUUUGGAUAUGAAGAGAGAACUCUAUGAAUCUUUCAUUAAACUGAAAAUGUUUUUCAAGAAUUAUAUUACUAAGGUAAACCUUGAUUUCAUGGAUAUGUCCUUUGAAAAGUAUUUAAAGUCCAUUCCACUGUCAGGAAGCCACGCAGUGUUCAAAAAGAUUAAAAAAGGUUCUGCUAUUUAUGACUUUUUGUUUAAAAAGUAUCUUAAAUUCGAAUCUCAAAAUUUUACGUUACCGAGAUUUAUCUAUUUGGAUUCUAAAUAUAACUUUGACCAUCAAGGCUGUUAUUAUCCCCUUGAUAAGCUAAAUAUUGACCAUGAGUUGCUAUCAAGACGGAAAAGAGAAUUUGAAGACAGUGACUCUGACACAAAAGAUGAAAAAGGAGGUGUAAUGAGAAAGAGACAGAAAAUUAAGGAAUGUGAUAGCGAUGAAGAUGUUCCAGUACAUUUAGAUCACAAGAACGAAGAAGCACCAGAUGCUUCGGAGCCCGAAGUUCAGAAUGACUCUGGCCAGUCAAGUAACGACUUUUUCCAGAGACUUGAAGACGAAAUUACAGAAAUGUCUAUGCACACUUUCCCAUCAUACUAA